AUUCGCGAAAUUAAAGAUUACUCAUACCUCAUACCGCCAUGGCUUUUGCAUUGGCUUCCUUCUCCUGCAUUUCUGUGACCAAAAAUGUUGCUCUCGCCUCUCUCAAUGGCAGCGACGACUCGCACUCUCCUUCUCCCAAACCCAAUGGCACCGCCGACACCAUUCCGAUCAAGAAUUCACCGCACCGCCGCCUGCCAAAACCGCGCCGCCCCUCCGUCAUUGAAAUCGAACGCGCUAUUGGCGCCGGAAGGUUCAGAGACGCCGACCCUAGGGAUUUGGAAGAAGAUAGGAAGACUGUAUUUGAUAUGUUUUUACUGAGUUUUACGGAAAAAUAUGAGGGGCCACUCAUGAAAAAGCUUCGUGAGACAGGGGAAUGGGUAACCAAUCAAACUGAAACCAAAUUUCAAGCUUCGGGAAAAUGGUUUCUGCUGUUUACAUUUCAAUGGCUUCUACCAAUUUGGGCAUUGUCACUUCUUGUGGCUUCUGGUGUCAUUAAGCUACCAUUCAGCACUCCAUUUCUUGAUGAACUUCUUAUGUAGCAAUAAGAAAUGGAGAAGAAAAUCAAGGUGCAAAUGAUGUUUGCGGAACCGUGCAAAUGAAAAUGGGGGAAGCGGAAGGCUGGUGGGUGGAAGAAAUGAUGGAGAAAAUGAAGAUGAAAAUUGACAGAAAUUUUGAAAGAAAAAGCAAAGGGGAACUAUGGAGAAGAAGAAAAAGAUAUCGGGGAGCACAGGAAAAUCUAAUAAAUUGGGUUGGGCUAUGGAGUGUGCACUGGAAGACGAGAGAAUUUGAAAACUAAAUGGGAUGCUUAUUUAUCGUGUCCUGUGCGUGUCACCAACAUCAAUUAAAAGAAAAUUUUAAUUAGGACACCUGUAACAGACGGUGUCCGACGUAUCGGUGUCGACACUUGACUAAUUUUCAUGUGUCGGUGCUUCCUAGCUCCUAGAGUUAUUAAACACAGAAUUGAAGUUUCACGGUCUUAAUAGACACAAAAUUCAAUUUUGUGUUUAAUAAGUCCAUGAAUUUUAGAAAAACAUUGAAAAGGUCAGGGACUCAUUUGGAUACAAAAUUGAAAGUUUAGAGAUCUAUUACACAUGAAAAUAGAAAGUUUAAAGACUUAUUAGGCACUCAGAAACUCAUUAGAUACUUUUUAAAGUUCGAAAGCAUGUUAGAUACAGUUU